AUGUCGUCACAAACCCAGAAGCGAAAGCACAAAACGUUGACAAUUAAAGAAAAAUGUGAUAUUUUAGAUCGCUUAAAUCGCAAUGAAACUUUCAGUAGUUUAGCAAGUGAAUACGGCGUAGGCCGAUCUACAAUUUAUGACAUUAAAAAAAACCACGAGAAGAUUAAGAAGUUCGUAUCAACUACUGACUGCGGGCCAGGCAAGAGACAGACACUCAAGAAAGCUGAACAUCCAGAAGUGGAAGAAGCUUUGUACAUGUGGUUUCUUCAGGAAAGAAAUAGGCAUGCACCAAUUUCGGGACCCAUGUUGGCCAUGAAAGCUAAGUUUUUUUAUAAGGAAAUAACAAAAAAAGAUGAUUUUGUGGCCAGCAAAGGAUGGCUAGAACGUUUUAAAAGUCGUCAUGGCAUACGUUUAAUGACUAUUACAGGAGAGAAACUUUCUAACGAUGUCACCUGCAUAGAGCCCUUUAAAUUAAGAUUUUUGCUAAAGGUGAACGAUUUAAAUCUUGACCCGUCACAGGUGUACAAUGCAGACGAAUCAGGGCUUUUUUGGCGUGUGAUGCCUAACAAAACUUUCGUUUCUUGUAACGAAAAAUCCGUACCUGGACGAAAAGUGAGUAAAGAGCGUGUAACCAUACUACCAUGUGCUAAUGCUGCAGGUACACACGCGCUUAAGAUGAUGGUCAUUGGGAAAUCUAAUAAACUAAGGGCAUUCAAAAACAUUGAUUUACCUGUACACUAUUACGGACAAAAAAGUGCAAGGAUGACAAAAGACCUUUUCAAAAAGUGGUUUGAUGAAUGCUUCGUACCUGAAGUUAGAAAAUGGUUAAAAGAUCAUAAUUUUCCUCAAAAAGCGUUGUUGCUUCUUGAUAACGCUCCCGGUCAUCCGUCUGAAGAAGAACUGACAACUGAGGAUAAAUGCAUCACUGCGAUAUUUCUUCCGCCAAAUUGCACUGCACUGAUUCAACCAAUGGACCAGAACAUCAUUCAGUUUGUUAAGCAAGACUAUAAAAAAAACCUACUUCUGAGAGCCGUAUCAAAAGACCAACCAAUAGAAAAAACUUUAAAAGAAUUUAAUAUGAAAGACUUGGUUUUUGCUCUUAGUCAGUCGUGGAGUGCGUUACCGUCAUCAACUAUUAAAUCGUCUUGGACAAAGUUAUGGCCAGAUAUAGUCACCACUCCUAGCAACGAUCCACAAAUCAGUGUAACUUCGGAAGUUAUAGAACAAGUCGCUACUGAAACACAGAUAAGUCCGGAAGAUUUGGAAAUCUGGUGCCGUGGAAUGGAUAAAGAAGAAAAUGUUUUUCAUGAAAUGUCUGACGAAGAUAUUAUAAAAGAGGUUUCUAAUUAUACAACAAACAAUCAGGAAGAUAACGACGACGUGAUUGCAACUGCUCCACAAGUCACAGAACAAGACGCAGUUAACGCUUUUGAGCUAGGUUUACAAUGGGCUGAAGAGAAUGGUACAUCCUACAACGAACUUUUACUUUUGAGAAGACUGAGGGACAAAGCUCUGAUCUCGCGUUAUAACAACCUUAAACAAAAAAAAAAUUGA